AUGUCGACUCUUUCAAAGGUGAACUUCAAAAUCCUUGACAUGUCCGGCAAGAAUUAUUUGUCUUGGGUUCUAGAUGCAGAGGUACACCUGGGUGCUAGCUCACUUGAUAAGACCAUUACUAAGGACAAUAAGGAGUCCCAAGAAGAUCGAUCCAAAGCAUUGAUUUUUAUUCGUCAUUACUUAGACGAAGCUUUGAAGUCCCGGUAUCUUACGGUGAAAGACACGUACACUCUGUGGACAAAGCUGAAGGAUAGGUUUGACCAUCAAAAAACGGUCAUCCUUCCAAGAGCUAGAUAUGAGUGGAUGCACCUUCGCCUACAAAAUUUUAAAAGCCAAUAUCGUGAAAGGCAGUUUAAGAAAUACUCUAAGCUUAUCUCUUGCCUUCUAGUAGCUGAGCAGAAUAAUGAGUCAUUACUCAAGAACCAUCAAAGUCACCCAGCAGGUUCAACAGUUGCUCCAGAGAUGAACGCUACAGAAAGUCGUGGCAAUGCCCCUGAAAGCUGUGGGAAAGGAUACAAACAUUGGUUAGGCCCAAAAACUCCCAACAACAAAAAGAAGGCGUCUAUUAAAGGAAAGGAAAAGAAGGCUGAAACCAAUUUUUUACAAUAUGACAUACCAAUGGAUAUUGCCCAUCUUGAUAUUUCUGACUUCAAGAAUGAUGGAAAUGAUAUUGAAGACAUGGAUUCCUUCCUCAAGGAUAUCUGA